CUCUUCACAUAAAGCACCCAGCGUGACAUCGCCCCAUGUGACACCCACGCUGCCUCACAUCUGCCUCUGUGUUUUUGUUUGCUUUAAGUUCCCUGGCUUUCACGGAGAAUUCGCCACGGAGAGACGACUCCUAUCCCGCCCCGCCCCGCCUCACUUCCGGGUUCGCUUCUCCCUCUCUUUACGUACUAACUGUCGCGCCACCGCGUUACCAUAGUUACAAAUAGCAGCUACUGGAUAGUAUAUAUAGAAGGAUCCCAACUUCCUCGACGGCUUCACAGCGAGUCCGCCCACUGUCAACACCGAGAUCCGCCGGAGUGUCCGGACCCGCCACCGGAUCACCCGAGUCCGGAGCAACGCGUCUGACAGAGGGAGGCGGCCCAUGUGUUGCGCGCUCCGCUGUGUUUCUUGACCAGACAAAUUGCAAGCUACCUGAAGAUAAACCUUUAUAAAACCAGAAGCUGAUCUUAUUUGGUGAUAAUAAUAAUAAUAAUAAUGCAGGACAGACGCACAUUUGUCAGCCCCUUCGUCAGACCGCGGUGUCUGGCGGCGGCGGCGGCCGCGGCGCCGGCGGCGGGGAAAGCGAAGUCCGUUCACCCGUGGAAGGCGAUUCUGGCAGGUGGAAUUGCAGGUGGCAUAGAGAUCUGCAUCACCUUCCCCACAGAGUAUGUCAAGACCCAGUUACAGCUGGAUGAGAAGGCCAAUCCACCUAAAUACAGAGGAGUAGGUGACUGUGUGAAGCAGACGGUACAGGGUCACGGUGUCAAAGGACUAUACAGAGGACUCAGCUCACUGCUGUACGGCUCCAUACCCAAAUCUGCAGUCAGGUUCGGGGUGUUUGAGUUCCUCAGUAACCAUGUGAAGGAUGAGUCCGGUCGAUUGGGAGGCACCAAAAGCCUGCUGUGUGGACUCGGGGCCGGGGUGUUGGAGGCUGUUUUGGUGGUCUGUCCCAUGGAAACUGUCAAGGUCAAGUUCAUUCAUGACCAGACGUCAGCAAACCCAAAAUACAAGGGUUUCGCCCAUGGAGUCAGAGAGAUCGUGAGAGUGCAAGGAUUAGGAGGGACAUACCAGGGUCUCACUGCCACCAUCCUCAAACAAGGCUCCAACCAGGCUAUUCGCUUCUAUGUGAUGACCACCCUGAAAAACUGGUACCGAGGUGAUAACCCCAACAAAGCUUUAAGUCCCCUGGUGACCGGAGCCUUUGGGGUCAUAGCAGGAGCAGCCAGUGUAUUUGGAAACACCCCACUAGAUGUCAUCAAGACUCGGAUGCAGGGCCUGGAAGCACAUAAAUAUAAAAGCACGCUAGACUGCACUCUGAAGAUCCUGAGAUACGAGGGCUUGGCAGCUUUUUAUAAAGGGACAGUUCCUCGCCUUGGCCGUGUGUGUCUGGAUGUGGCCCUCGUCUUCAUCAUCUACGAGGAGGUGCUGAAGAUCCUGAACACGGUCUGGAAGACCGACUGAGCUGCUGGACAAACAGAAAGGCCGGUGGGUUCCCUGCUUCCCAGGCAUGAGACACAGAUGCGAGUUUAGCAGACCUCAUCUGUUUAAUAAAACCAGCUGUUGAGGGGGGGGGUUGAACUUGGAUCAGUGUCUUCUGCUAACCAGGAGCCUGAUAGAGGCUCAGUGUCGCUUACAUACAGGCGUCAUACAGGAUUUUCUUGAGUUUGCGUUGCUCUCUGUCUCCUCUUGUGCCUGCCACGGUUUUGAAUCCAGAGGACCCAGACUGCAGCUACUUGCAGUUUACAGUCAUAUGAACAGCCGUAGCUUUCAUAACUAAGCCUUUAAUAGAAUGAUUUUACAUUUAUGAUAUGCCAAUUAUUUUUUAUACAGCGUAGAUUCUUAUUUAGUUUAUUACCAGCGUUACAGUUUAAUUUCUAGAGUGUAUUUAAUCACAUGCCAAAUGCCAAACCUGUUAUACUGUGAAAGUGUAUUCAGAGUAAGUAUUUCUAGAAGUCUAAUGAUCCUAACCGGAUCAUUUCAUAUAUAUAAAUAUAUAUAUAUAUAUAUAGAUAUAGAUAUAGAUAUUAUUGUGAUUCACAUUGUGCAAUGCUUUAUAAAUGGUUUUAUUGGAAGUUGAAUGGUGUAUAUUUUGAUUUCCAGAGGGAUUUGCUGUUUACUCGUGCCACUGGUCUGAGUGUAAAGGUGCUUUAAAGACAUAAGGAAAAAUAAUUUUUUUUUAGCUGUAAAUCACUGAGUCAAAAUGACCCAACACUGUAACUGUAACAAAUAACUUCUGACGUUCUCUUGUCCUUCAGUAGAAGCAUUUCACAUUAUAUGACUAACACCAGGUACCCACAACUGGAUGGUUAUUUACUGUCACUGGUUCAUUUAACUGUAAAGGGUCGCCCACCAAAAAGGUUUGGAAUCACAGUGUGUUCAAAUACGUUCACAGAUCAUUUGGGGUUUGUUUGUUUUCACUUCUCACUUAUGUGCCUUUUGCUGCUCUGUUUGUUGGUGCUACGUGAGAAAUAUCCUCAUUUAUGAUAUCGAUCCUAAUAAAACUCCUCAAUCAACCAGAAAUGUGAGAUUCCUCUGGUUCAGUUAUGAAUGGAGAAACUAUAUAUUUAUGUUAUUUAUCAUUUUUAUAACAUAUUAUACACAACAUAUUGUCAUCACUAGUGAUGUAAAUACAGUUAAAAUCUGUGUCUAACAAUAAUGAUUGUAUUCAAAUACUGAUGGGUUAUUAUUAUAGAGAUAAUAACCUCUGUUUCUUUCUGUUUCGCUCCCAACGGACAAAAGACAACGAGAGGAUGGUAUUGUUAUUGAAGAUAGAUGUAUUUAAAUAAUAUGUGUGUGUGUGUGUGUGUGUGGGUGGUUCUGUAUUUUGAAUCGUGUGCAAUUAACAGCGUCCACUUCUUUAGUCUGUGCUUAAUGUAAAGUCCUUUGUUGUGGGAGGGGAUUUCAAAACUCAUUAAAAAGGCAUCUGACAAC